CACGUGGCGUCUGAGUCGGCCGGACGUGGGAGCUGCUUUCUCCUCCGCCACCAUGAAGCGGCCUAAAUUAAAAAAAGCAAGUAAGCGCAUGACAUGUCACAAGCGGUUUAAAAUCCAGAAAAAGGUACGAGAGCAUUACCGAAAAGUGAGGAAGGAAGCCAAGAAACGUGGUCGAAAAAAGCCAAAGAAAGAUCCUGGUGUGCCCAACAGUGCCCCCUUCAAAGAGGCCCUUCUUCGGGAAGCUGAGCAAAGAAAGCAGCAGCUUGAAGAACUAAAGGAGAAGCAGAAACUUAACAAACGUAAGGAGCAAGGACAGAAACGAAAACGGGAUGAAAACGAUGUUGCUUCAUCAAAGACAGAACCAGCAGAAAGGGAAUUUGUGGGAAGAAAGGCAAAGCUAUCUUGCAGGACAGUCAAGCAAGGUUCAAAAAAAUCAUUUUGUAGAGAACUUCAAAAGGUGAUUGAGGCCUCAGAUAUUCUACUGGAAGUUUUGGAUGCCAGAGAUCCGUUAGGAUGUAGAUGUCCCCAGGUGGAACAAGUCAUUACGCAGACAGGAGGGAACAAAAAACUGUUGCUUGUCUUGAAUAAAACAGAUCUGGUGCCAAAGGAAAACUUGAAUAAAUGGGUCCAUUGUUUGAAGAAAGAAUUCCCUACAGUUGUUUUUAGAGCCUCAGCAUUUGAAAAGGAAAAGCUAAGACUGCCAGGGAAGAAGAAGCUGGACCUCAGCAGGCAUGGCACGUGCUUGGGUGGAAAGAGCCUUUUGACACUCCUCAGUGAUUUUUGCAAGACUCAAAACAAGGCCAUUCGGGUUGGUGUGAUUGGUUUUCCAAAUGUGGGCAAAAGCAGUAUAAUCAAUAGUUUAAAACAAGCAUAUGUGUGUCAUACUGGACCAGCCAUGGGUCUUACAAGAUCCAUGCAAAUUGUCCACAUUGACAAGAGUAUCACGAUGUUAGAUAGUCCAAGUAUUAUUGCAUCUCCUUCUAACUCUGCAGUUGCUCUUGCUUUGAGAAGUCCCACAAAUAUUGAAAAAAGAGAUCUACUUGAUUCAGUAACUACAGUCGUGGAACACUGCAAUAAACCGCAGCUAAUGUUACGGUACAACAUCCCCAGCUAUAGAGAUUCUCAAGAAUUUUUGACUCUGCUAGCACAGAAGAGAGGGAUGAUGCGGAAAGGCGGCCUACCCAAAGUGGAGGAGGCUGCUAAAUUUUUCUGGUCUCAUUGGACAGGCCCAAAAAUGAGUUACUAUUGUCAGGCGCCUCCAUCAUUGACUCUUCCUCCACAUCUUACUGAGAGUAUUGUAGGAGAUAUGCAGCAGGGUCUUAAUCUAGAGGAGCUGGAAAAAAACAACGUGGGUACCAUUAAAGCCAUCAGGUGUCCCAGGUUUUCAAGCAGCAUGCUAUUCCAAUGCACUGGUCUAACUAAUGGCAUAACAGAGGAGGGGGACGUGCCUGAGGAACCGCUGAGACAGGAAGAGAAUGAAGAUGAAGAGGAGGAUUUUCUAAAUGAAGAAGAGGAUGAGGACAGUGAUGAUGAAAAUGAUGUUGAUGAAAGAAGCAGAUUAGGGACCAAAAGACUUAAAGUUGAAGAAGUACCAUUGGAAGAAGAGCUCCAGCCAGGUAAAAAGUUUGGUGCUGGAGCAGAAGAAAAAUCUUUUCAUGUGGAUAAGAUGAUAGAGGAAGACGAUGACACUUAUAAUUUUAAUACAGAUUAUGUUUAAUGAAACCUAGUCCCUUACGAACUUCCUGAACUGUUGUUUAACUUGAUUGUGGAAUUAUCUUGAUACAAGAUACUGUGUGUGUGUGUAUAUAUAUAUAUACUGCAGCAAAAAAUGGGUUAUGGUGUGAGAAACAUGUACAGUAAUAAAUAUUUGUAAAUAUGUAAAAACUUUUGGACAAAUGGGUAAACAGGAUGUCCAUUUUUUUUCUUUUGCAGACGUGAACUGUGAACUGAUGAAAGACAGUACUUGUUAUAAAAUAAAUACUUUGUCACCCCUGACUCAUUUGUAUCAUUUAGGCUUCAUAAUAGUAUCCUAAGGCAUAAUCCCUGUUUCACAAAUCAAGAAAUCGAGGUUCAGGUUAAGUGACUUGUCUGACACUGGCACAACUGGUCCUAACAGAGUCAUUCUUAAGGCCAAAGAAUAGAUAAUUUGAAGAUAACUGUUUUUGAAUUUUAUUUUUAGAACAAGAUGAAAAACCAUCGUUAAAUAAUGAUUUAGUAUUGGAGAAUUCUAACUUAAGUCACCAAAACUAGGAAGCAUAACUUUCUAAAAGAAACAAGAAACUAACUUAGCAUAUUCUAAAAACUAACUUAAAAUAGAAUGUAAACAUGCUUCAGGUGGGUUUCAUGCAAAGUAAAGUGUCAUGUACAAAGCCACAGGUUACAGGAGUAGAAAAACAGCAUUUAACUAGCUGCAAGAUGGCCCAUCAGUCCUAGGGAAGGUAUACCAUUCCCUCUGCUGGUCAAAUUCUCUCUGUAGUAGCAACAAAAAUUAACUAUUAAAAUACAUUUUCUCAAGUAAGGCAGGUGUAAAUUGGCAUUCAUAUUAUAGUUGAAACUUAUGAGAAACUUGUUA